CUCACUCUCACACACACACACACCGCAGUGGAAUGUCGCGGGAAUCCCUGCGCGCGAGGCUGAGGCCUGUCAACCAGUAAAGCCACUUCAAGCUCCAAGAAGGUGCAUGAGUAGGCGGAGCAUGACAGAUGGGCGGGGUUGGCAAUGUGCUUGAUGGUGCAUGAUGGUUUCCAUGGAGACAGAUGGCAGCAUCACUGAGGGUCCUGGACUCCCACUCCUACAGGCAAGUGAUGGUGUGGGGGCGGGGCUGGCUGAACAGGAGGGGGCGUGGCUCGGCUUCCGGGCAACAGUGAGUGCCGUGCUGCUACUAGAGUUGCUGUUGGGAGUGGGCGGGAACCUGACAGUGCUGGUGUUAUACUGCGGUCACUGCAGCCUUCUGGAAUCUGUGAGCCAUGCCGUCACACUCAGUUUGCACACACUUGACCUUUUGCUCUGCCUCUUCUGCUUGCCCGUCACUGCCACACUCCUCCUUCUGGGCGGGGCCUCCAUCCCUCACCACACCCUGCUCUGCUGCCUCCAUGAAUCAGCGGCCACCUUCGCCAGCGUGGGAACGGCACUCAACCUGCUGCUCAUCAGCCUCGAUCGCUACGACAUCAGCGUCCGGCCAGCCAAUCGUCUGCUUACGCCACGAAGAGCAGCCUUUUUGCUGACUGGAGUGUGGGUGGUGUCUUUAACUGUGCCCCUCCUACCGUUUGUUGAGGCAGGGUUUGUGUCUGGUCUGUCGGCAGAAGUGGCUGUUCAUGCUAACAGCACAGUGUUGUGCUCAGAAUGGGCAGGCACUCUGCAAGCUCACCUCUUGCUGCAGGUGCCUGUGUUCCUGUGCUCUUUGGCCGUGAUGCUGUUUACAUACUCUCGCAUCCUGCAAGCCCUGCGCAUUCGCAUCGGACACCCACCCAGAUCUCAGCGGGAUGCCCGGCGGCCUGCCCAGCGACUCUGGCAACGAAGGAAAAGAUCAGUGAAGUCACCAGAUCACAGAACAAGGACUACACCCAUCUCCCCUCCUCCUCUCUCCACUGGUCCGCUAGUGGCCUCGGACACCAUUACCACAAUAACCAUCAACACGGAGACCAACACACCCUCGGUGAACACUCCGCUGAGUCCCACCCCCACUAUAUCCAUAGUGACCACACCCUUAAGUCCGACCCCUACUGUAGGCUUAUCUUUGGUAUCAACACCCUUGAGUCCUAGCCCUACACUACCCACCAUAACCACAACUCUAAACCCUAACCUAACUACAUCCUCCAUAACCACACCAUUUAACUCCAACACAGCUAUAUCCACCAUAGCCAUGCCGCUAAACUCAAACACAGCUAUAUUCACCAUAGCUACACCCCUUAACCCUAUCCCAGUUACAUCCACUACAGCCUCACCUCUUAACCCCAACCCAGCUGCAUUCACUAUAACCUCACCUUUAAACUCCAAUCCAACUAUAUCCAUCACUGCUACACCUCUAAGCCCUAGCUCAGCUAUUGCCACUAUAACCUCUCCUCUUACCCCUAACCCCUCAUCCACCAUAGUCACGUCUUUGAGCCCCACUCCUACUGUAUCUCAUGUAACCACACCAUUAAGUCCUGCUCGUGCGCAUAACCCUCCAAGUGUUGGUGUUGGUGCCUCAGUGUCAGCCAUCUUGGCUUUGCGCCGUGCUGUGAGACGUCACAGGGACCGGCGGGAGCGGCAGAAACGUGUCUUCCGCAUGUCCGUCAUCAUCAUCCUCUCUUUCCUACUGUGCUGGGCACCUCUCUCUGUUACACCCCUUCUUCUGCUAGCCAUUGGACCCUCUGAUUGGCUGGAGCGCCUGAGGCUAUGUUUCCUGGUGCUUGCCUAUUGGACAGUGGUGCUGCAUCCACUGCUGUACGCAUUCACACGGCAGAAACUGCGCAAAGUUCUGCACACACGUCUCCGCAGGCUACGCACAAACAACACACAUACGCUCAUUCGGACCAAUACCAGGAACCGGCGUAAGCACAGGGCAGAGUGCAGCGACGCCACUGACCGCUGUCUAACGGAGGCCACCAGGGAGUGAGAGUCCAUGUGAUUGUGUGUGUGGGAUAUGUAUGAGUGUAAGUAUAACAGAGGUACAGAACACACAGGAGCAAAAAGGAGAAAUCGUCUGAUUUUGCAUGUCAUUUAUUCAGUACACAGUUAAAUAAGAAGCGCACGUUCCAAAGCACACUGAGCUAAUCUCAGAGAAAACCACAGGGCACUGUCUAAUUAACCAUGAACACGUAGAUCAGAUUUACUGUUGUGGUGCUAGAAACUAAGCAAGUGUGUCAGCGAGUGAGUGUAUAAGAGAUUGUAGGCAAUAAUUUCAUAAACCAGGGUAUGCAUGAAAGACAUCAUGCAGAUUAAUUUUAAACUGACAUUAUACAAUGUGGUUUGAAGCAUUUAUUCACGUUAUAUAUACAUAAAUGGCAUAAAUCUUGUACUUACUGUGCCCUUCUUACUGAUAGAGUGCAAUAGAUUUACUGUGUUUAUUUAUGUACAUGAUCAGGGAUGUAAAUAAUAUUAUAAAUUAUGAUGAAUAUCUGUGGUUUGCAGCUGA